UCCGUCAGAGCGCUAGGAAGGUCACCGCCGUCAACAGACGAGCUGUUUCCUGUCAUGAACUCUCUUCGGCAGGGUAGCACCGGCGGCACCAGACUCGGCUUCGCGCUCGGCAGGUUCGUCGGGGAGAGAGGAGGCGAGGCGGCGCACGGAGCGAGGCGGAGCGUCUCCGCGACGUCGAGCGCCGCUGCGCCGGUGCCGGGCGACCAGGGUGUCGGCAUGGACCCGGCCAAGCAGCAGCCGCCCCACGCGCCGGAGGACAAGAACCACGACGACAAGCAUACGGCGAACAGGGACGUGAUGACGGACUCGUUCGGGGAGGGGUACUCGACGAGGGCGGACGAGGAAGGCUUCGGCGGGGUCUAUGGACGGAACGACCCUGAGCAUGACACCUCGCAGGGAUCGGAGGCGAAGCAGAAGCAGGACAACGACAAGCAUGCGACCUAAGCUAGGGUGGACACGUCACAGCAAUAAUCAUUAAGAUAAUUUAUGGUUGCGCUCUGGAUAUUUACAUGGUACAUGGUCUAUGCUACACGUGUUGAGGUGCCAGAUUCACUGGUCUCCAGAUGUAGCCGCUUGGAGACAGUCGCCCAACUUUGUUCAAUAACACCGAUGGUGGUGUAGCAAUAGGCUAUUUUGUGCAUUGUAACAUGUGAUCAGUUGCCCUAUUUGGUUGGGUUGAUACUUCGCAAUAAAGAUAGUGUUUGUUGCGCCAUAUAGUCGGUUGAUACUUCACAAUAAAGAUCAUUGUGUGCAUCACCUGAUGUAAAGGGAGAUAAAUUAUUAUAUGCAAUUUUGUUUCAUUCUCUAA